GACCAUACCACUGGCAUGAGUAUAUGAAGGAAAUGGAGGGUUUUUCUGAAGAUGAGGCAACUGAAUUGGAGAAAAACCUUAAGUUUGGUGGAAGAGUUAGAUGCCUUUCCCAAGGUUCUGACAGCUAUGUGGAGACAUCAGCCAGUGGGGGAACAGUUUCUCUAAUAGCAUUUACCACUAUGGCUUUAUUAACAGUAAUAGAAUUCUCAGUAUAUCAAGAUACAUGGAAGAAGUAUGAAUAUGAAGUAGACAAGGAUUUUUCUAGCAAGUUGCGAAUCAACAUAGACAUUACCGUUGCCAUGAAGUGUCACUAUGUUGGAGCAGAUGUACUGGAUUUAGCAGAGACCAUGGUUGCUUCUGCAGAUGGUCUGGCUUAUGAACCAGCACUGUUUGACCUUUCACCACAGCAGAGAGAGUGGCAGAGGUAAAAUGUGAACAGUCCUCACCAUAGAAAUCUA